AUGUCCUGGCAAGCAUACGUUGACACCAGCCUCGUCGGCACCGGCAACAUCGACAAGGCCCUCAUCUGCGAUGUCGAAGGCGCAACCAACUGGGCCGCCUCCCCAGACUUCACGCUGUCUGAUGAGGAAAGGGCAGCCAUUGCCAAAUCCUUCAAUGACAAGUCGGACCCCAAGAAGGUCAUCUCGGAGGGUAUCAAGGUCAAUGGCGUCAAGUACAUGACCAUCGAGGCAAGCGACGAUGCGCUCAAGGCAAAGAAGGGCAAAGAGGGCGUCGUUGCCUUCAAGACCGGCCAGGCCGUCAUCAUCGCCCAUCACCCCGAAUCCAUCCAGACUACCAACGCUUUCUCCUCCGUCGCCGAGCUUGGAGACUACCUGAAGAAGCACGGAAUGUAA